UGAUUACAAAGUGGUUUGACUGUCACUGACACUACUCUGUGGUGUAAACAAAGUUUGGAGUUUAGCGUCAAUUCAAGGCCACUAUAACUAGCAUUCAAUUCAUAGAUUGUUUGCAUUCAGUACUACAGGAUAUUUGAAAAGUAUCGCUACUUCUUGGUGUAAAAGUCUUGUGCAGUGAUCCGAUCGACAAUGUCUUCGACAACUCAGGCGAUUGACACCAAUUGUAUGACAUUAACGCGAUUUGUUUUGGCAGAACAGCGCAAAGUGUCGGAUGCGACCGGAGAACUGACCACUCUUUUGAAUGCCAUCUGCACGGCUGUCAAAGCCGUCUCCUCUGCCGUACGAAAGGCCGGAAUCGCCAAACUGUAUGGAAUCGCUGGUCAGACCAAUGUUCAGGGAGAAGAUGUGAAAAAGUUGGACGUAUUGGCCAAUGAUUUGUUCAUAAAUAUGCUCAAGUCUUCGUAUACGACAUGUUUGCUGAUCUCUGAAGAGAACGACACAGUCAUCGAAGUCGAGCCCGAAAAGAGUGGUAAAUAUAUUGUGGCAUUUGAUCCAUUGGAUGGCUCUUCGAAUAUCGAUUGUCUGGUUUCCAUCGGAUCCAUAUUUGCUGUCUAUAAAAAAGAAAUAAUAAACGGAAAGAUUGGAGUGAAAAGCGGACGAUCUAUAGUGGCGGCCGGGUAUUCCCUCUAUGGAAGCGCUACGGCUAUAGUGCUAAGUAUGGGCGACUCUGUUCACGGCUUUAUGCUCGACCCGUCGAUCGGAGAAUUCAUUCUAACGGACCCUAACAUGAGAGUGCCCUCAAAGGGAAAGAUAUAUAGUGUUAAUGAAGGCUAUGAAUCGCAAUGGGAUGAUGCCAUCAAAGAGUAUGUUCACAACAAGAAGUUUCCCAAAUCAGGAAAGCCUUACUCCGCCCGAUACGUGGGCUCUAUGGUAGCCGACGUGCACCGAACCAUCAAAUAUGGCGGUAUAUUCUUAUACCCGGCCACACAGGAUGCCAAGAAUGGGAAGUUGCGACUCCUCUAUGAAGGCAAUCCAAUGGCGUAUAUCAUUGAGAGCGCCGGUGGUGUGGCAUCCAACGGGAAAAUACCAAUCCUUGACAUCGAAGUGAAGCAAAUACACGAGAGAACA